AGGAAUGAAACGAAAACGAAAGGAGACCAAAUACCGUGACGGCACCUGUUAUAUUUUACACAUCGUUUUUUUUCUUUAAUAAUGCCCUUUCAUUUAUUUCACCAAUAUUUCGUUAUAGAUAAAUGCUAAGGAUGGUUUUUUGUAAUGUAACUAUCUCUGCUUUUCGUAAGCCAUUAAAUUUUCUGAGAAAUAAUGGUAAGGUGCGCUGGUACACUGCUACCACCUUAUCAACAAAUCAUUAUCAUUUUAAAAAUGGUAAUAAUGGUGUUCUUGAUGAAGUUGAUUUUGAAAGACAACGAAUUCGAAAAGCGAACAGUAAGAAUAGAAAAUAAAAUCUUGAUUAAAUAACAUUAUUUUGUAUUUGAUUAAUCUCUUUUAACAGUACUCAUUACGAGUAUAUUAAAUGAUUAUACUAUAAAAAAAGAUUGCCAAUAAUUAUAAUAAAAGUUUAAGUCAUUUAAGUAAUUACAGUGCAGUGAAUUCUGUUUCAAACAAUCAAACUCAAAUCAAACUCAAACGUUGUGUGUCUUGUAUUUUAAAUAUUGAUAGAAUUGGAAUUGUGAUAUAUGAGUAUGAGAUUUAAAGUUUAAACUAUUUACUAGUUAGACUCUAAAUAAUUAAGUCAUUAUAAAUAAAUUAUAAUUUAUAAUUUUUGUCACUAAAGAUAAACUGGAGUUUAUUUAGCCUAUAACUGAUUCCUAAUAAAAUGUUGCCUUGGUUAUGGUUUAAAGUUAAAUGUGUAUUUAUUUAUGAGGUUAAAAUGAAUAUGUAGAAUGCAAUAAAUAAAAAAAAAAAAAUCUAUUUAUUUUUUAUUAAUGAAAUGUUACAUUAAGAAAUGGCGUCAGCGGGCCGUCGAGCUUGCGCUCUUUAUGCCCUCCCCAAAACACGCCUCCCCAACCCGGUAUUGGACCAGGGUCUCCGCCGGGGGCCGUCCUAACCCAUAGACACCCGGUCGGUCCGACACUGUGUUUGCACACAGUGCACACGAUUGACUUUCUCAGGAGUCGGGAUGGAAAAAUGUACGUCCUAAUAUCUUCCCCCACCCAUCCCAGGGAAGCGUUAGAUGCCUUAUAAGAGGGAUUCUACAGUGGGUUUCCACAACGCAACUAAUUUGCGAUGCAGCUGGGACAAAACGGUUGCCUUGGAGCAGCUUCUCAGGGCUUUAUUAAUAAAGAAUCUUAUUCUAUCUCAAUCUUAUAUUAUACUAAUUAUACUACUAGGUAUUCCCUUGCAGCUACCACCUUUGAUUGUAUAUUGAUUCAUAUUUUAAAUAUGCAGGAAAGUACAGCACAAAUGCACAAAAAACACAACAGCAAGCUCCAUUGAAAGGUAUUCGAGUGUUAGAUUUGUCCAGGUAAUAAGCUUAUUACAAAAUAUUUAUUUAUUUAUUUAUUUAGGCAUUUUUAUAUAGCGCUUAUCAUAAAGCUCUAAGCGCUUUACAAUUAUUAAAACAUGUAAACUAAGUAAAUACAAAUGAGACACUAGGAUAGUAACUACUAUUCUAUAGAUCCGAAACAGAAAAUUAGGUAGGGCAACGAGGGUGCAUCACAGGUCAUAGGCGGACCUAAACAGAUGAGUUUUAAGGGACUUUUUGAAACUGGACGAGGUUUCACUAUGACGUAUAUGGAAGGGGAGCUGGUUCCAGAACAUUUAAACAAAAUUUUAAGUUAAAAUUAUAUUUAUUUUAAUUGUGCAGCAUAAUAACAAAGGUAAAUAUUUAAUUUACACCAAAACUACAAAUUGAAUAAACCUACAUUUUUUUUUUAUGUCCAACAAAAAAGUAGAUGCAGUAGACAUAGAAAUUCAAAAUAAAUUUUGAUGUAGCUGUGAUCAUAAUUUAUUAUCUUUUAAGUUAACUACAGAAGUUGUCUUAACAUUUUUCUGUGGACAUCAAGAUGUGCAUUUGAAGGAAUUUAUAACUUUUUACUAUUUGCAAAUAUUGCACAAAAGAUUAUUUUUCAAUGUACAGGCUGUCCAUCACAUUAAAUUCUGUUAACUUUAGGUAUGGCUGCAGUUAGGGGUGGAGAUUCUGGUGUUAUGCUACACCAGGAUUAAUGUUCUUUUAUUGUGAGAGUGAUGUAGUUACUCUGCAAUAUCUAUAAGUGUUGAGACCGAAACUUACUUUUUGAAAAAGGAUGAUACAAAUAUUCCUUACAGAGUUCUGGCUGGACCUUAUUGUACAAUGAUUCUUGGUGAUAUGGGUGCUGAAAUUAUUAAAGUUGAACGUCCAGGUAUUUUUAGUCUUCUUCACCAUUUCUCCUUCAUAAUAAAAUUUUAAGGAAUGAAACUCAACUUAAAACUUACAGUUUAUUUUGCUGAAUAAAGUAUUCUUAAUGCCUAGUAAUUAAUUGUAUUGAUUUAUAUUGAAAUAAUAUUUUAUGAACCUUCAGGAGUUGGUGAUGAUACAAGAACAUGGGGACCUCCGUUCAUUGGUUCUGAAAGUUGCUACUAUCUGUGUGUCAAUCGGAACAAAAAAGUUAGCAGUUUUUCACAGCAUUAGCAAUAUUUACUACCCUUGACCCUUAACUUGCUUUGCUGGGGUGCCAUGACAGUGUACAAUCAUUGUCUUUAUUUGCUCUCAGAUGCAGGCCUUCACAAGAAGAAUGGUUAGAGGAUUCCAUUAUUUGUUGUUGUGCAACCAUUUUGAGAACAAUGAGAAAAGUCAGUAGAUCUUUAACAUUUAAAUUUGCUUGUCAUUUUAAAGGAUUGUAACUUUUAGCUUGUAUUUUCAUAAUUUCAACAGAUUAAAUUUAUUCCUGUUCCAUAACUUUUUUGUUUUCAGAGCAUAACAGUUGAUCUUAAACAGAAGGAAGGGAUUAAACUCAUUAAAGAGGUUAUAACAUAUUUAACAUUUUUAAAAGUUGCAUUUAAUUUAAUUGAAAUAAACUAGAUUUUUCAAUUUCAUUUAUUUAUAACAUAUUUUCAAAUUAAUACUUUUGAGUGUAACAUAAUUUAUCAUAAUUUUUUAAUAUGGUCUAAAAAUAUUGAAUUCUCAUUGAAAAUAUUUUUAAUAGGAAAGGGGAGACAAAUUAGAGCAUAACAAAGAUAUCUUUUAAUUCAGAUAGCAUCUGUCAGUGAUAUCUUAGUGGAGAAUUACAUCCCAGGAAAAUUGUCUGAAAUGGGCUUGGGUUACACAGAAUUGAGCGCAGAAUUUCCUCACCUCAUCUACUGUUCAAUAACAGGUGGACAUCGGUCAAGGUUCUUUUUGUUAGAAAUCGCAGCUUAGCCACAAUCAAUCAUAUUACAGUAUUUAGGUUCUUUAUUGGAGAUCAAAACACUGUUUAGUUUAAAAUAAAUAGCAUAGUCAACUCCCUUAUUGUGAAAUUAUUAAAGUUUUUGAUACAAAAAAAAAUUGGUGCUAUGGUAUAUCAAAGACUUGAAAAUUUCACAGAUUAACAGCAAUAUUUGUUUUUUUAGACUUAUUGUUACCUUUAAACCUUAAUUCAACUGAAAGGAAGAUAUAUUACCUAGUGAGUCACAGUUAUAUUUUAUAACUGAUGAAGUUUUAUGGUCAAUAGAGAAAAAAAAAUCAGUUAGCUUUUUGGUUCUAAUAAUUUCUACAAUUCACCACAGGAUAUGGUCAGACAGGAAAAUAUGCCACUCGUGCCGGCUAUGAUGUGAUUGCAGCAGGCAUUGGGGGUCUGAUGAAUAUAACAGGACCUGCAGUUAGUUAAUAGCUAAAUUUUGUCAGGCAUUAAUAUACAAGAUCAAAAAACUAUAUACACUAUUUGUAUCAAUGAUUUUUACUAUAAAGCUUUUACUUUUACCAUACUUCUAUUAUUUUAAUUCUUAUUAUUAUGUGUGCAGGAUGGGGAACCAUGCAAGGUGGGUAUUGCAAUAACAGAUCUUUCAACUGGCCUUUAUGCAGUCAGUGCAAUUUUAGCCUCCAUACUCUCUCGGCAAACUACAGGGAAAGGUCAACAUAUAGACUGUAAUUUGCUAUCGACAAAUGUAAGCAACCAUUUCAAAGCAGCCUCUUUAACUAGAAGUAGGGUGUUUUUUUUUUUGUUCAUAUGAAUGACACACAAAUAAAAGAGAACCUUUCAUACUGAGAUUUGUUAAAAUUUAGAAAAAUCAGCUUUAUAAGUUAAAUUUAAUGAACUCAUUAUGGUAAAAGGAAAAUGGAUGAAUGCUUUAUCAAUAUUUUAAGUACAUUUACGUAAUCAAAAUUUUACUGAAUGAGGUAUGAGAUAAAUGUUAAAUGUUGUUUUUUUUCCACAGGUGGCAUCAUUAGUUAAUGUUGCAUCAAAUUAUCUAAAUUCUGGACAAGAGGGAAAUCGUUAUGGAACAGCCCAUGCAAGCAUUGUGCCAUAUCAGGUCAUCAUUUUUCCGCUUCAUGAAAUUUAAUAGUAAAAUGUACCAUCAAUUAGGCCUUCUAAAAGAAUCUGGCAGUCAGCUGAUUCAAAAGUACACAGAAAGGAGCCAGCAUUUUUGCAUUGUCAUUCUUUUAUUAGGACAAUUACAUGAUAUCAGCUUUGGGUAUCACUUCAACACACCCACAUUUUAAUUGGAUUGCAUAGAACUGCAUACAUUUAUUGACAGCGUCAAAAUUUUUAACUGUUAAAUUUUGCUUUACUGUACUGUGUUCUAGGCUUUCAAAACGUCUGAUGGUUACAUUAUAGUUGGUGCAGGCAAUGAUGGGCAGUUUAAAACCUUAACAAAAGUAAGAAACAAUUCUAUAUGAAAUGCUGUUUAUGAAUUUAAAAAAUUGGCUGGUAGAAUUGAAAGUUUAAAAUAACCUAUAUAGAUUAUGCUUUAUAUUUUAUUCUUUGUAUCAGGCCUGCACAACAUAUGGCCCGCGUGCCCUAUGUGGCCCGCCAGCACCCACUUUGCAGCCCGUGAAGUAACGAAAUAUUCUUUAUUUUUAAUAUUUUCUUAAAAGCUUUCCCCUUCUCCUAUUUUCUUUUGGCUCGCACAAGUCCUGUCAUAUUUCUUUUUGCCCACACAAGUCCUGUCAUGUUUACUUUUGGCACGCACAAAUUUUUUAUUAAGUAUUACGGCCAGCCUUACAUUUUGAGUUGUGCAGGCCUGCUUUAUAUCAUCCAAAUAUAUUCCAUUUGCAUCUGGAUAUUAGAUUAAAUGGAAAGAAGCUUGUUAUAACUUUCUGCUUCUGUCUCCACCAGCUAAUUGGCCAUCCAUCUCUGGCUCAAGAUGAGCGCUAUUUGACUAAUGCAGUAAGAGUAAAGAACAGAGAGUCCCUCCUCAGUUUUCUUUACUCAGUGUGAGCCAUUGUAAUUUAUUGCAUACAUUUGUGUCAGACCAUAAUAGUUAUCCAACUGAAUUCAUUGACCACAGUUCCAGAUUGUGUCAGAGUAACUCAAAAGUACUCCUUUAAGUUAUUCUCUAUAAUAACAUUAUUUAUAAUUUUCUGAACGGGUUUUAAAAUGAUUUAUAGUUAACACUUUAAUCAAUAUAAUUACCAAGUGACCUUACAGGCAGCCCACACUUGAGUUUUAAUUUACUGGUGGUUUAUCUUUGUCACAUUUAAACCUAUGCAUCCUACUGAGUUGGAUUUCUGAUAAAAUCAAUGGCAAAUAAACUUUUCACCAGCUGUAGAUGCACUUUAUGUAAAAUAAAUAUAAAAAUAAUGCUAAAAAUGUCAUGAAUUUUCAGAAAAAUCUUCUCCUUUCUGUGGGUCAUGUCAAGUUAAAGAUGUUUUAUUUUUAGGUUCAUGCAAAAACCACUAACUGAAUGGCUAGAGAUAUUUGAAAAUUCGGGAAUACCUUAUGGACCAAUAAACAACAUGCAGCAAGUAUUCUCUGAUCCCCAGGUAAUAGGAGUGAAGCCACAUCUAAUUUAUGGAGUUAUUUUAUUAACGAAUGCUCAAGGCUCAUCAAUUCAUUUAAAACGUAAUUAAUCCCAGCAAUGUUUUUAAUGGUACUUUCCCAAACUGUUCAUUUCUUUAAAUUGUUUGAGUACACACUACUUAUUUUAGCUGCAGCAUGGGUGGCAAGAAGGAAGAUAAAUUUUUGAGUCCUUUUUUUAAGUGUCUAGUUUUUAAUGUAAUAUUGUUAAGAUCACUCUUUAAUCAAAUAUAAUAAAAACAUUGUCUACUCUAGAAAUUAAUAUUUUAUCUAUUUGUCAAGAUGAGAUCAGCUGUGAGCUUAUUCCACAGGUACAACAUAAUGGUAUGAUACAAAGCAUCCAACAUUCAACAAUUGGAACAGUGCGCUUACCAGGCCCAGCUGUCCGUUACAGUGUAACAAAAACUGUUGAACCUUCACCCCCACCUCUUUUAGGGCAACACACCGAUGAGGUGCUUAAGGGCAUUUUGGGGUAUUCAGAUAACUCUUUGUCCAACUUGAGACAACUGAAAGUAGUUGAUUAAUAGAUGCCCUACGGCUCAAUUAAAUAAUAAUGUUGUAUAUUAUUUUGCCGUGUACGUCUAACUUUUAUUGACCCCAUGGACAACACAGAUGACUAAGUGCCAUUAUGUGUUGACUGUGAUGAUUAAUUAAUAUUACACUUUUUGGGUAUAAGUUAUUUAAAUCUCGCUGGGUCAGUAACUAGUUAUCAGUUAAUGUUCUGUUGGGAGUUAGGAAGAUUUGAUCUAAUCUAUUUAUAGGGUCGACUGAUGCUCUGGAAAUGAUCUGAAAUAAUAUUAUUGAUUACACACCAAGCAGGUAAAACUUGUUCAAACAAGUUACUCUGAAUGUUAAUGUUUUAAUAAAUAUUCUUGAAAACAGUAUUAUACAAUAUACAGUUUUAAACAAGCAUAAUGUAUUUUACACAAGAUUUCAAUGGUAGGAUUUAUGUGACCAUUUUUAUUUGAUUAAAGUUUAACAUAUAUUGUUAUAUUGACACAAAUUGUUCGUGGCUAAUUAAUUUAUUUCAUUAGUAUUUUCUGAAUGAAAUUUAUCUAUUUUUCUUUUAAGCAAAAUUUUUUUUAUAUGACUUUUAAACAGAAAAUGUAAUUCCACAUCAAUAAGUUUUUAAAAGAAAUUAUAAGCUUAAAUGACUUUAUGUGUCAAAUGUAUCAUCUGCUUGUUAACAAAGUUGGUGAAACCUGGUUUGCAGGUCAAGCUUAUGCAGCAUCAUGCUGUUAAGAAAACUAAGAGAUGUUCAGCAUUAUCUUUAUAUUGUACUUCAAAUUAUUUUCUUUGAUCUUUGAUAUUGUGAAAAACUAUGCAACAGUUAGCUGAGUAAUUGAGUUUUAUUUAAAUUUUUGAUUCUGAACGUCUUCCUGUUUCUAUUAUUUUCCUAGUCAGAUGUGAUAUGCCUGAUGUGCUCACUAAACAUUAUUAUAUUAUAACAUGUACAUCCUAAU